AUGACCUCAAUGCCACCUUCAAAGCCAAAUCAUCUCGAGCCCUCACAGCUAGGCACAAAAGAAUACUGGGACAACCUCUAUAUCACCGAACUCUCAAAUCAUGCCCUAGAUCCUACUGAUGAAGGCACCAUUUGGUUCGACGACUCUGCCGCCGAAGACAAAGUCCUUUCAUUUCUACAGAAGAAGAUUGCAGAAGAGCAAAUACUAGGUGCCGAGAUCUCCAAAUCGCAUUGCAGUUUCCUGGAUCUGGGGACCGGAAAUGGACAUUUCUUAUUCGCCCUGAGGGAUGGCGAUGGGAACGAGGAGGACGGUGAAGAAGGAGAAGGAAGUGGGUGGACAGGCAGGAUGUUAGGCGUGGAUUACUCUGAACGCAGCGUUGAGUUCGCGAAACGUAUUGCUGGUGAUAAAGGGUUCGGAGACGGUAGCGAGAAGGAAGUUGAGUUUCAAAAAUGGGACAUUAUGACCGAAGACCCCUCAAACAUUGUCCUCUCAGGCGCGAACGAGAAAGGAUGGGAUGUUGUACUGGAUAAGGGAACAUUUGACGCGAUCAGUCUUUCAGAGGAAAAGGAUGCGCAGGGUAGGAGGAUUUGUGAGGGAUAUAAGGAGAGGGUUGUUCCGCUUGUGAGAGAGGGUGGGAUCUUGCUGGUCACGAGCUGUAAUUGGACCGAGGAGGAGCUGGAGAAGUGGUUUGCCGGUGGUGACUUGAGUGUGCAGGGUAGGAUUGAGUACAGGAGUUUUAGUUUUGGAGGAAAGAAGGGCCAGACCAUAAGUAGUGUUUGUUUCAGAAAACUUCGUUCACCUUGA